AAUCCAAGAGUUUGCACUUUACACUUUUAGUCGGCGGUUAGUGGCAUUUGGCGUCGUGUGCGGUGUGCGGCGCCGGUGAGUGUUGGUUAAAAUUUUCAACGGUGAGACGUUGCACGCCAGGAUGGGUCCCGUAUUUUGCAUCGUCUACGUCGCGCUGUUGUCCGCGUACACGAGCGCGAACGUGGACACGAGCACGCGGCGAACGAAAGGCGGUCAGGUGGUGCAUCUGAACGAGGAUAACUGGGAUCGCAUGCUCGUGGGAGAGUGGAUGGUUAAGUUUUAUGCACCGUGGUGUCCGGCUUGUAAAGCACUUGAACCAGUCUGGGAGGAUCUUGCAUUAUCCAAGAAGGAUCUAAAUAUCAAUGUUGGAAAGAUAGAUGUGACAGAUUCUCCAGGUCUUAGUGGCAGAUUUUUGGUUACAGCUUUGCCUACGAUAUAUCAUGUCAACAAUGGGAUAUUCAGACAGUAUAAGAGCCCGAGAGAUAAAGCCUCCUUGAUUGAAUUUGUAUCCAAAAAAACAUGGAUGAAAGUGGAUCCGAUAUCUAAUUGGAAAAGUCCAACUUCAUUCCACAUGUCAUUUUUAAGUCAAUUUUUCAAACUGGCCCAAAUGUUACGUAAUAUCCACAAUCAACUUUUGGAAGAUAUUGGAGUACCUGUAUGGGGUAGUUACUUGAUUUUUGCUGUUGCAACGGUUAUUUUGGGCACAAUAUUAGGAUUGCUCAUUGUGUGCGUGAUCGACUUCCUCUUUCCACAAAAACCGUCGCAGCAACAAGGCAAGAAGAAGAAGACCGGUGGCGCAACGGAUGGCGCUGGUCAGGAGAAAAAUUCAGACGAGGAUGAAAUUGCCGAAAAUAUCGGGGACGAUUUGAUAGACGAAGAGGAGUCUGAAAUGCCUCCAGAACUAGAACUGGAACAAGAGGAAUCCGAGGCGAAGGAAUCUGAAGCAAAGGGAUCUGAAACGAAGGAAGCUGAGGCGAAGGAAGUAGAAGCGAGUGAGAAAGAUAAAGAUACCAAGGCUGAUACCAGUAGUCCGAAUGUUCGCAAGCGUAAGCCACGUAAGGCUGAUUAGAUAUAUUAAAUUCGUUUAAAUGUAAAUAUUCAAACUUGAAUUAAUUGCGACUAACCCUUGGUGGUGUACUCCCAAAGUCAUUCCUGUGCAUUGUAAUGCGCCAAAUGCGACAUGAUACUGUCUCGCAUCUCAAAAUAUGGAUAAGUGAUGUGGAUCGUCCAAGAGAAUGAUUGAAAGAAGUAUAGGCGCCGCCUGCCGUCUCUUGGCUAUGUUUAAAAAUUUCAGUGAAUGAAAAUUUCAGAUUGUCAUUGCCUGUAAAACGUUUUCUUAUCUACAAAUACAUUUUGAAAAUAUGGAAAUGGGACACUUCAGGUAUUAUUCAGUAAAAUUUUACAGUAGAAUCUUGCAGGCGUUCCUGCUGUCGAAUGUUCUCAGGGUGCUUAAACCUCUCGUUGAAGCAAUGAGAAAAUAUAAACGUGUUAAAAGGACCCUAUCAAGAUCACGACAGAUACAUUUAACAGAGUAGCAAGUCGAUUAUACACGAUAGUUGAAAGUCUUCGAAAUGACUAAAAAAAACUUUUUUGAAGUUACGAAAUUUACUUUUAGUGUGUGUUUUCUACAAAAUAUUUGUAAACUUUUUUUUUUGAAAGAAUAGAUCUAAAAGAUACUUGAUAUUAUUUUUUAAAUUAUUUAUAUUUCAUAUAGUGAUGAAAGAAAGGCAGAAAUGUUGAAGUCAUAUGUAUGAUAGUAACAUCACAUUUAAGUCUCUAAUCUUUAGAAAUUGGGAAAAGAGCUGUAAUAGCAUUUAUUACCUUCUUUAAGGUUACACGUUGCAAGACCAUUUAUAAAUCUAUUAAUUAUAGUUGAUAUAUAAAAAUAUUACGAAAGUCUAUUUACAAUUUUUUUUUUUUCAAUCAUUUUUGAAUGAAAUAUUUUAAAAUAGUAAAAAAUGAAUUGAAACCUACUUAAGAGUAAUGAUUACUUUUAUAAGAUUUAUAUAUGCACACAUAUUUUUCAAAUAUAAAUAUAUAUAUAUAGGUAUAUAUAUAUAUAUAUUUAUAGUAUUUUGCAAUUAUAGUCAUUUAACAUAAUCACGCAUUUAUUUAUAUAAAAAGGAAAAUCAUAAGUCUUUUCACUAAUAGUCUAAUUGAGAUAUUAAUAUAUUAAUAGCUGAUGUUUAUUAUUGUCAGUUAUUAGGGAUUGUGGUCAUUGCAUGUAUAUUGUUUCUGGCAGCUUUUACACAAAAUAUUUUAUAUACUGAUUUUCUGUGAAUCUGAUUGCUCUUUCUCGCUCUCUUAAUAAAUUAUAGUAUAAUUAUUAAUGCUACUCAUGAAAAUUAAUUAAAUUAAUUUAAUUUGGAAAGUGAACAGUAUUAUCUUUCGCAAUAAAACUUAAAUUGCAUUUUUAUAAAGGCCUACUUUUAACUUGCUACGUUUGAGUUUAAUUUUGCUGACAUUUAUAUAAUGUAAAAAUAGAUUGAAUUAGAAAGAACAUGACUAUUUUAAAAAAAUUUCUUCCAUUUUAUUGCAAGCACAUGCUAUACGUAGAAUAUGAAUAAAUGAAACCUUUGUCUUUAAAAGAGCAUGAUUAUCCAAUAUUGUUUACAUUUUCAUUGUUUGUAUAUACAUAUAUUUGAAGAUGAUUUUCAGUGAAUUAUUUAUUUUUACUAUACUGCAAUGUCUUCCGCAUAUUAUUUUUAAUCAUAUAAUACAUCAGAUUAAAAUUUCCCUAAUAACAAUGACAUUACAUAUAUAAAUACAGAACUCUCGUUAUUUAAUAUUAU